UGUGACUUACAGUGAUUGCUACUAAGUUGUCUACUUCUCUUUUCUCUGUUUUAUUUUGAAACGAUAUAUACUGGGUUUAAGAAUUGCCUCUGGGCUUUAUAACUACCACUUUCAUGUGUUUGAUAUCCAAUUUCAGAAAAAUAUUAAUCUAAACCUCUAAAUUGUAUUUCUUUUAUGGUAUUUUAUCUCUUUCACUUUAGUUAUCUUCUCUCUAUCUCUCUCUUUUAUGUGCCACAUGCCCACAUGUCCUUUUCCCUCUUUUAUCCCACCAAUCAUCAGUUCAUCACACCCAAAAUAUGCCCAGCUAACUCCAUGCAAAUGCCUAACAGAAAGUCUUCAAAUUUGUGACAAUUGCUUACUCUUAAGCUCAUUAAUAUGCUUAUUAUGUCAUAAUCUUACCAAAAAGUUUACCUUUUUGAGCAUAAUAUUGAUUCUUGAAAAUGGGUUUCAGGAGGAUUCCAUGGCAAGGUCUUUUACUGAGUUGGGUUUUCUGCAUUAUGUGUUUGAAAGCUCACUGUCAACCACAGUUCUCUGUUAAAUUCUUGCAGCAACCUCCUCUGUUCUCACAUCUCAACUCUGCUAAAUUUUCUUUUGAAGCUUUUGUAUCAAACACAACACAAAUAUGCUCUGGAUGUAGUUACAAUUGCAAGUUAGAUGAUGGUGUUUCCUCAGAUUGUGGGAGAAGGAAUGUUUCUUAUUUAGGUUUGCAGGAUGGAAUUCAUAGCUUGCAGGUCUGCGCCAAUCCAUCUCAAGGAGUUGGUUGUGCUAGCUAUAACUGGACUAUUGAUACAGUUCAUCCUACUGCAUACAUUUCUGCUUCAACAUCAUUCACAAAUGCUCCCAAUGUUACUGUAUACAUUUCCUUCAGUGAACCUUGUACCGGUGAAGGCGGCUUCAAAUGCUCUACUGUUGAAAACUGUCAUCUUCUUGUGUAUGAUGAUGGACAAGUAAUACCAAGUUCCCUUCAAACUAUCAAGCCAAACCUAGAGUAUUCUGUAGUUGUCAGCUUAUCUACUGAUAUUCAAUAUGGAAGGGUGAUACUUGCUAUGGAUAAAGGUUUUUGCACUGACAACGCUGGAAAUCAUUUUAUUCGGCCACAAAAUUCGAGUUUAGUUGUACAUUUUGAUAGAAGGAGUGAUUUAGUUAGCCUAAGAACACAUGUUCCUGAAAGAUUAGUUCAGGUUGGUGGUGAAACUAGAACUGUGCUGGCAACUAAUAGUUUCAAGAAUCUCAAGGUCUAUCUAUACUUCAUGGAGCCUGUUUUAAACACUUCGACUGAAAUUUUGAGCUCGAUCGAUACAACAGAAGGAAUGCUUCGCCCUAUUAAUGGAAGUAACCUUGAAAACAGAAGAUUUGGAUACAUGUUUGAUAAAAUACCGAAUUUUACUGUUGUGACAAUCAGCCUUAACUCAAGACUAGUCAUCAGUAGACAGGGUUCCCCUGUUUCUCCAGUGGCUCCUGUUACGUUCCUUUAUGAUACAAAGAGGCCAUCAGUGAGAUUGAGCACAACCUCCAGAAUGAAAACCAGAGAUAAUAGUAUUACCGUCUCAAUUAAGUUUGUGAAGCCGGUGUUUGGUUUCAAUUCUAGUCACCUUUCUAUUUCUGGAGGUCGUUUGGAGAGCUUUGAACAACUGACUAGAAAUUUGUACGUUGCACUGAUACAAGCCUAUGAAGGUCUCUUGUCUAUCAGAGUUCCGGAAAAUAUGACCACAGAUGUUGCAGAGAAUACAAAUUUGCCUUCUAAUGUCUUACAAGUGAGGAACUAUUCUAUGCCUUUGAUAUCAACUAUUAUAGGCAUCUUCGUCACUGCAUUGUUCGUGUCAACUUGUCUGGUGUCGGGUUUUCUCACUAUAUCCUCAGCAAAUCUGCAGUCUGCUGGAGCAUUUCCGAGAUCAUCAUCUUCACUGACUUCUGAACCUACAAAGAAUCUUUUUAGAAUUGCAUGUUACAUUCAAGUGUUCGCCUUUUCAAGGUGGCUGGCAGUUACGUUGCCUGUCGAGUAUUACGAAUUCACUCGAAGCAUACAAUGGAGCGUUCCCUACUUCUCUCUUCCUUGGGAAACUGAUCAUUAUCGACCCAUGGUUUUCAGUCCAAACUCCUCUGUAAGUUCACAUUUCUUCAAGAAGGGACUCGGUAGCAUUGCCCAAAUAGUACAGUUUGACAAAGGCAACUCGAAUAAAGCUGGAGUAGUUUAUGGCGCUCCACUCACUGCAAUGGAGUACAGAUCCUUCUUUGAGUUUCAGGGCCAAAAUUUCAUUCCGGAAGCUGAAUACAUAACGGAUUCCAAAAAGACAACCAGAUGGAUGGAUUUCAAGAGGAGCAUGUUCUGGUUAGGUAUAAUCGGUGGUAGCUUGAUUCUAGUCCAUCUUUUUCUUCUUGUAGUACUAAAGUUAAGAAGGAGUUCCUCAAAAACAAAGAAUUAUGGAGCUCUAGUUUUUCCUCGCUUUGAGCUAUUCCUUACGAUUCUCGCUGUACCUGGCAUCUGUUAUGCUGCAGCUACCAUAAUCAAAGGGAACACGACUCUUGGGACUAUAUUAGGUGUUCUACUAUUGAUUCUCACAUCUUCUCUGCAAUUUGCUUUGUUCGUGUUCCUCUCAUACGGGAUCACAUUGGGAUGGUUACUUCAGUACAAGGAAAUUCAUCAAGUAGGCCGGAAAUACCAUUGGUAUCAAGAACUGAUCCGUGUAACCUUAGGUCCUGGUAAACGAGGGCAAUGGACAUGGAAAAAGCAAACCAACUCGGCAUACUUGGAAAAGUUCGGUCCUUUAUUUGAAGAUCUCCGAGGCCCACCACAGUACAUGCUCUCGAUGAUCACCAGUGGGACCCACAUGCCUGUUGACAGAAUCAUCGCCUCUGAAGACGAGACAGAGGAUGCUGAGGCACCUUUCAUUCAAAAACUGUUUGGUAUCUUGAGAAUCUACUACACGUUACUCGAAUCUAUAAGGCGGUUUCUACUAGGAAUAUUUGCUGGUUUAUACUCUCGGAAGUCAUAUUCUAAGUGUCCUACUACUAUCUUGCUAUGCAUUACUGCUUUCCAACUUUUCUUCCUAGUUCUUAAGAAGCCUUUCAUCAAGAAAAAGGUGCAACUAGUUGAGAUCACGUCUAUUGCUUGUGAAGUCGGCUUGUUUGCUACUUGUUUGGCUAUCUUGGACCGAGAUAUCUCUACUGAAUCUGAGAGGGCAAUUGGCAUAUUCAUGCUGUGUCUUUUUCUAUUGGGUUUUCUUACACUAAUUUGCAACGAGUGGUACGCUUUGUUUAAGCAAGUACGAAAGCUCAACACUUCAAAGAAGUCCUUCCUGGUGAGCUUAAAAACUGCUUUUGUAGGAUUCUUCCUGUUGUUUGUUCCCGAGAAAAUGAUAAAGAACCUCGAAAAAUGGAUGCCAGAAGAUAUAAAGGAUCGCGAUAACAGGGAAAUUAGUAGGCUGAAUUCACCAAGUAGUAGAAAUAACCGAAACUCAACGAGUAUGAGUUCAAGCACAACCGAUAAGCCAUGGUUGAAACAACUCAGAGAAAUGGCUAAGGCCAGCUUUAGAGAUGGCAAUUCGAACAUUGGAAAUGAUCCUUCAAGCAGUAAUACACGAUGGAGCGAGUUGUUAAGUGGGAAAUGGAGUGGAAGUUCAUCGUCGAAGCCUCCAUCAUCUGAUUAUAGGUCAAGACCAAAGAGUUUAUACAAAGAUUUGGAAGCCAUAUUUGCAUCCAAGUAAAAAUAUCAAUGUAAAAUAGUAUAAUUUUUACAAUUGUAAUUCAUCAAUCCAGGUUUAUGAACCUUUUCCAAUUAUUAAAGUUGUUUAUCUGUGAAUUUUCUGUCAUGCUUGCAUGUUCAUCAACUAAUGUUGAGUGAGCAAUGUUUUGAUAUCGGGUCAGCAUCAUUCUUAGAUUCACACGUUUAUA